CGCCCCCGCGCGCCCCCGCGCCCGGCCGCGCCCCCCCGGCCCCGCAGGCGCGGCCCGGCCCGGCCAUGCCGGCCAAGAGGAAGCCGGUGCUGCCCGCCCUCAACAUCGCCCCCAGCGCCGCCGAGGGGCCCAGCCCCGACGGCUCCGCAGAGGCUAACCUGGUGGACCUGCAGAAGAAGCUGGAGGAGCUGGAGCUGGAUGAGCAGCAGAAGAAGCGCCUGGAAGCUUUCCUGACCCAGAAGGCCAAAGUGGGGGAGCUGAAGGACGAUGACUUUGAGAGGAUCUCCGAGCUGGGCGCUGGCAACGGCGGGGUGGUCACCAAAGUGCAGCACAAACCCUCAGGGCUCGUUAUGGCCCGGAAGCUGAUCCAUUUGGAAAUCAAACCAGCCAUCAGGAACCAGAUCAUCCGGGAGCUGCAGGUGCUGCACGAGUGCAACUCCCCCUACAUCGUGGGCUUCUACGGAGCCUUCUACAGCGACGGGGAGAUCUCCAUCUGCAUGGAGCACAUGGAUGGUGGCUCUUUGGAUCAAGUGCUGAAAGAAGCCAAAAGAAUUCCUGAGGAAAUCCUGGGCAAAGUCAGUAUAGCGGUUCUGCGGGGCCUGGCCUAUCUGCGGGAGAAGCACCAAAUCAUGCACAGAGAUGUGAAACCCUCCAACAUCCUGGUGAAUUCCCGAGGGGAGAUCAAGCUCUGUGAUUUCGGGGUCAGCGGGCAGCUCAUUGACUCCAUGGCCAACUCCUUUGUGGGAACUCGGUCCUACAUGUCUCCCGAGCGCCUGCAGGGCACGCACUACUCGGUGCAGUCGGACAUCUGGAGCAUGGGGCUGUCCCUAGUGGAGCUGUCGAUCGGAAGGUACCCAAUCCCCCCGCCAGACUCCAAGGAACUGGAAGCAAUUUUUGGCCGUCCUGUGGUGGACGGGGCGGAGGGAGAGUCCCCCAGCAUCUCGCCGCGGGCCCGGCCCCCCGGACGCCCCGUCAGUGGCCACGGGAUGGACACCAGGCCUGCCAUGGCCAUCUUUGAGCUGCUGGAUUACAUUGUUAACGAGCCACCUCCCAAGCUGCCAAGCGGAGUCUUCACGCAAGAUUUCCAGGAGUUUGUAAAUAAAUGCUUAAUUAAAAACCCAGCGGAACGAGCAGAUCUGAAGAUGCUGAUGGUGAGUGGGGAGAGGAUUUUUCUGCUGCCCUGGGGUGGCACCAGCUCUGCCAGCUGCUGCCCCAUCCCUCCCGCUCCAGAGGCUGGCAGUUCCCAGGCUGAGCUCGGGAUGAGGCAGAGGAGGGACUGACCCCCUUCAUCCCGG